CUUGUACGGCUAGAAUUGUCGUCGAUUGCGCAGCCUGGCGAUUGCGCAUUUCGCUCUUGCUGGGUCCACAAGAAGGUGGUGGAAGUAGAAACCACCUGCAAUACCGGUUAUCAAACUCCAAGGAAUACUAGAGGACACUGACCACAGAAAUGUCAUUCGCUGGAAAAGUGGUCCUGAUCACAGGCGCCAGUUCUGGAAUUGGCGCAGCCACAGCAAUCCACCUCUCUCGGCUCGGAGCGUCCUUAUCAAUCACUGGAAGAAACUUGGAGAACUUGAAAAAGGUUGCGGACAAGUGCGGUGAGCCUAAACCCUUUCUUAUAACUGGCGAGCUGACCAACGAGGCUGACACGAAAAAAAUUCUCGAUUCCACGAUUAAACACUAUGGAAAACUUGAUGUCCUCAUCAACAAUGCUGGAAGCUUGGAAUCCGGUUCAAUUGAAAAUACCAGCCUGGAGCAAUUCGAUAGAUUAUUCAACAUCAAUGUUCGCUCGAUAUAUCAUCUGACGAUGCUUGCUGUACCACAUUUGAUCGAGACGAAGGGCAACAUAGUCAAUGUUUCGAGUGUUAACGGUGUCCGAGCCUUCGCUGGAGUCUUAUCUUAUUGUAUGAGCAAAGCUGCCGUCGAUCAAUUUACCAGAUGCGUUGCCUUGGAACUUGCGGAUAAGCAGGUACGCGUGAACAGUGUUAACCCUGGAGUGGUAGUCACAAAUCUACAUAAGAACAGUGGGAUGGGAGAAGAGCAACUGAAAGCAUUUUUCGAACGCAGCAAAACGACUCAUGCUCUUGGUCGCCCUGGAGAUGUGAGUGAAGUCGCCAGUACGAUAGCGUUUCUCGCUAGCAAUGAUGCUAGCUUUAUUACUGGCGUAUCAUUACCAGUUGACGGAGGGAGACAUGCCAUGUGCCCUCGAUGAGCUGCGAACGAGAAACAGAUAAUCCCCAAAAUACACCCUCAGUUAUAAAAUGUAUAUUAUACGCAUUAUGAAUUACA